AUGAAUUCCAACUUUCCCGGUCAUUACCCCAGCUCGCCGUCUGCCUGCGCUGCGAGCACAGUCCUCAUCCACCUCAGCGAGGCAGCCUUCAGUGAAAAGGGCGCUGAGGGCGUGGACGCUCGUCUCCUCAAGACACUGUUCACUACUCCUAAUUCUCCUAUGAGUACUGCCAGUCGCUCGUCACGAGCAUCUCUCCAAACUGAGUGCUCCAUUGUUGUGGAGGAGCUUCCAGAUUCCCCGCAGCUAACCCAUCCGAUUCUCGAAUUCUCACCCCAUCCGAGAUACAACUACAACGACGGUACCCUGUUUAUCACUGUGGAUAUGUACAUUUUUCGAGUUCAUUCGUAUCUAUUCCUCCCAGAUGAUGGCAACUACAUCGCAGGGCGUCUGAGAGAGGGAUUUGGUACCUUUCUGUCGCCGGCCCAGCUUCCAGAGAUUGUCAAAAUCGGGAGCUUUGAAACGCUGCUCGAUCUUUUGUACCGCCAUCCACUCGACCAAAAGCCAUUUUCAACUAGGAGUCUUAAGGAUGCCUGUCUAACAGCUCAUUCACUGAAUAUGGGCCGCCAUUGUGAUCUCAUCGCGAAGUUUAUUAUUUCGAACGACUGUCCAGACGAGCCCUUGGACGAGGCAGUUCCCAAAUACGCUCUCUCGGUGAAGCUUCCUACGUACUUCCCUGCAACUUUUAAAGAGGAACAGUUCGACAAAAUUUGCUGCAGUAUACAGCAAAUGACGCAUGCCCACUUCUAUGAAAUCGGUUUCUUCGAACUGUCAAAGAUCUGGAAGUGCGCUCUCACAGCGCGAAUUGGAUAUGACGGUGUCAAAGUGGAGACUUACGACCCACCACAUGCACAGAGGACGUCAUACCUGAUCAAAGUCAAGAAUAUGCCGGCCUACCGAGCAAUGAAAAGGGAGAGCAAGAUGCCGUUACCAGAUGAGAGGCCUAGACAAAGCGUGGCAAAUUUGAUCGGCAAAUUCGAGCAAGGAGCCAAAAGAAACUCUGGAUCCGCAGGAACAAAAGGUCCUGGUCAAGGUCCUUCAGCUCAACCGCUCAAGCCGCAAUACACAGGAGCCAGCACAUCCGGUGUCAGCGUUCAAAGCGCCGUGCGAUCGCCUAUCAUUAAAUCAUCUGAUAUUCCAACCACCUCUGGUGCGGAUGUACCUGCAUGGCGAGCAGCGAUGAUCCAGCAAAACGCAGAGCCACCCGCGGAAACGAAGGAUGAACCCGUCGCUCAGGAUACACAACCAGAGGCUCCUGAGAAGGCUCCUGAGGUUGAUCAAGCGACAGAACCUGUAAAAGAGGAGAAACAGCCUGAGGUAGUUCCUCCUGAGUCUCCGAAGAAGGAAACUCGCGCUGCAAAGGCUGCAGAGAAGAAGGCAACCAAACCAGCAGCGACCACAAGUUCAUCUGCCGCGACAAAAUCGAGAACGGUCGUUGCAGCCUCGAAGACUACAGGUACGACGCAACCACCCGCGACAAAGGCCGCCAAGUCUCCAUCUGUCUCGCGUCCGGCCACCCUUUCCAAAGCGGCAUCCUCUUCUGCAUCUAAAAGCACGCGACCCUCUGUUGUGCCCCCUGCAGCAAGUACUGCGGCCAAACCACAAGCGGGAAGUACUGCUACCAAUCGACUAUCCGCUCAGACAGCGUCCUCAAAAGCUCGCACGGCUGGAACAUCUACAGCCGGUGGCCCCUCCUCCUCGGUUGCUAAAUCCACAUCCGCACCAACGACGGGCGCGGCGAGGUCAUCAUCGGCAAUGGCAAAACGAACUGCAACGAGUGGCGUCGCCUCGACAGCUACUUCCCCUCGCAAACCAGUUACUAAAACUGCCCCAGCCACGUCGAGCUCGGCUCCUGUUAAAAAGGCUCCUGUUCCCCGUGCGACACCUAGCACCUCUUCCCAACCCUCUAGCUCUGCUGCGCCAGUGAAGAAGAUUACAUUAAAGAGUUCCUCUCUGACUCGACCGGCGGGAUCAAAGACUGCCCCAUCCAAACCGUCGACAUCCACCAAAGUACCGCAAACUGCUGCUCCAACCGAUGCGACGCUCAUACCUGCAGGUGUAGGUGUAGCGGCUGGGGUUAUUGCCGGUGCUGCAGCGGUGACAUCGCUUGCUUCCGACCAAACCUCUGGAGAACGAGCACCCACAGAGGUUGAAACUGGUCCAGAAGAGGGUCUAUCAAAACUGGAGCAGGACGUUACCGAACCAGAGGUAGAACAUGCCCAAACCCACCCAGAUACUGAAGAGACCGCGGAACAAAUUAUGCCAGCGGAGGAUGUAGACAGCCACGAAGAUGGACAUGAAUUACAAGAAGCUGAAGCGGGCUCGCACCACGAGGACGAGAUUCACGAAGAGUAUGGAGAGCAUGACGCGGAGCACGAGUUGGAUAAUGAAGCCGAGGAUGCCAUCCACGACGAAGAGCAUCCAUACGAUGAGACAGAGGCCCACGGUGAGGACUUGUCGGAACGCGGUGACGGAGCCGAAGAGGUUCAACACGUCGAAGACUCUGAGAGCCACGAGGAGAAUCACGAGGUGCCUCCCGAUUCGCCUGUGUCUCAGCAACACGAAGAUACAAGCCAAGGAGAUGAGUUGGAAGAUGCCGUCGCCUUACUCGAAGGUGGCAAGGCUCCUAAUGAUUUAUUCUCUCCGGGGUAUACUGCGACUACUGAGGGCGAGGUGCAUGACCCGGUGUCGCCAAAACUUGCAGAAAUCAAAGUGGACAAUAUACCCGACGAGUGA